AUGCAAGAAAAAAGUAUAUUUCAGGGUCAGAAUGUAGUAGAAUACAGUGCAUCUGACCCAUUGCUUUUAUUCAUAGUUCAGGCAAUCCUUAUUAUUGGUUUAUCGCGUAUUCUUCACUUUCCUCUUUCUUAUUUGCAGCAGCCAAGGGUCAUCGCUGAGGUAAUUGGGGGAAUUCUUUUGGGUCCUACUGCAUUUGGCAGGAUUCCGGGGUUCUUGUCACACAUAUUUCCUGAUGAAUCUAUGGGACCUCUUAAUCUCGUUUCCAACCUAGGCUUAGUCUUGUUUCUUUUUGUUAUUGGGAUGGAAGUCGAUACUAGUGUAUUUGUCUCCAACUUUAAAGCUACUGCCUUGAUAACCCUAAGCAGCAUUGUGUUUCCAUUCGCUGCUGGUUCAGCAAUAUCAGUUGGGAUGCAUCAGUUUACACCUAAUUCUAAUUUUGGAGAGUUUCUUUUAUUCAUUGGAACAGCUAUGUCAAUUACAGCUUUUCCUGUACUGGCUCGGAUUCUUUCUGAGUUGCAUCUUCUUCAUCGCCGACUCGGUGUCAUUGUCUUAGCAGCUGGUGUUGGAAACGAUGUUGUAGGUUGGAUCCUUUUAGCACUUUCAAUCACAUUGGUUAAUAGUGGAACAGGUGUUCAAGCUAUUUACGUCCUGCUACUAGUUUGUGGUUGGUGUGUCUUUUUGUUCUUACUAGUGCGACCUUUGUUAAGGUACUUGGCAAUAAAGACAAGAUCGUUGGAAAAGGAUCCAUCAGAGUUAUUCAUAUGCAUUAUCUUGUGUUUUGUACUGAUUUCUGCCUUUUUUACGGACAUCAUCGGUGUGCAUCCUAUUUUUGGGGGAUUCCUAAUGGGGACGAUUAUUCCUCACGAUAAUGAUCUCACAAUAAAAAUUACAGAGAAAAUUGAGGAUUUAGUCGUUUGCCUACUAUUACCAUUGUACUUUGCUAGUUCUGGUUUAAAAACAAAUAUGGCAACUUUGAAUGAUGGCAAAGCUUGGGCAUACACCAUAGCGGUGAUCUUAAUCGCAAUUUCCUCCAAAAUAUUAUCAAGUGCAUUGACUGCGCGUUGCCUAAAAAUGGCAUGGUCUGAAUCGUGGGCAAUUGGUUCUCUCAUGUCAUGUAAAGGAUUAGUGGAACUAAUCGUUUUAAAUAUCGGCCUUUCAAGUGGAAUAUUAGAAGAAAAAAUAUUUUCCAUGUUCGUGGUCAUGGCUGUCGUAACUACAUUCGUAACCACGCCGAUGACUAAGUUUUGUUUGCGAUUCCUUCACUCUGGCAGCGAGCAGACGGUCGCCAACCGCAGAGGUAGUUUCUCUGAAAGUUGCUUUUCAAGUUACAUUUAUAAAAUAUGUAUAUUAUUCCACCAGCCAUCGGCGGCAUCAGCUGCUAUGAUUUUUACUAAUUAUUUGGGUGAGAGCUAUAAUCGCAAGAGUCCUUUACUCUCUAUGCCUGUGAUUGAAAUGCAAGGAAUUUCAACAACAUACUUAGAAUCUCGGACAUCUGCUUUAUUGAAAGCGUCGCAACUUUCCCAUAAGUUCAGUAAAGAAAAUACGCUAGAAAUGUUCAAAAUAUUUGUUCGAAUAAAUGGGUUGAGGUUCAGCGAAGAUCACAUAUUUGUGGAUGACAUGGAUUUCGCUGAUGUUAUUCUUGAAAAGCUUAAACUUAAAGAAACACAGUUGCUUAUUGUACCUAUCUUGAAAGAAAUAGAUAUCGAGUCUUCUUCAAAGCCAACUUCACAAUUUCCUUCUUCCAUUGAAAAAGCUUUUGGGUCGUUUGGUCAAUUUCUUCGAUUUCUAAAGGCUAUUAAACGGGGAAAUGCCCCAUUCAGCAUGUUUUUAACACAAAGGAAUUCUGAAGUCCAUACCGUACACCAUCAAGGGAAAUACUCAUGGGAUGGGUCCGUUGUCCCUUGUGAUAACGAAAGCCUUGAAUCUAUAAAAAUGUCUGAAAAAGUAGACGCUAUUGAACGCGUUACAGAAUUAAAUCAGGAUAGUGAAUGCGGUAAAAAAACACUUAUUUUCAUUUUCACAGGCACUGCCAAUGAUAUGUUGGCAUUGGACAUUUUUUUAACUUUACUUCACGACAGUGAAAGCACGGCAAUCAUCUAUCUUUUUGAGGAAUAUCAAGUACCUUUGUCGGAUAUUAAACGGCCUGAGGCGGCAUACUCAUUUGAGCAGAUAUUCUCAGAUGAAAAUAACCAAAAAAAGGGAACAUUCAUACCUAGAUUGCGAAAGAAGAUGAAGAUGCAAGAAAAACAGCCUUCGAACGCUUCUCGGAAUUCUAGCAGUUUACCUCAACUUAGAAGUUUUUCCAUCUUUGAAGCCAAGUUGGAAAAAGUACACCCAAGUAUUAGAUCAAGGAUCCGUUUUAUUAGAUUCUCUUCUGAAGAUCAAUUAGUUUUUGGUAUUCAAGAGCUUUUUCGAGGCUCAAAUAUGUUACUAGGGAACCAAAGAGCUCAGUCAUUGAUGAUUUUGGCAGGUUGCGAAGAUGCGCCAGACUCACAACUAGGCGAGACAGGCGAUGAAAGUUUCUUUUCAAGGAAUAAGGAAGGUGAAGUUAUUUCUAAUUAUGAGCAUAUAUUCGGAUAUUACGUAUCUCGCUUGCUCUUGGAGUUUCCAUUGACUGAUUUUUUUCUGGCAAUGAACUCUCGUUAA